GACCACUGCUGCAGGACCCUGCACGUCGGCUGCGAGUUCGACUGCGACGCGGGCUUCUCCAACUGGAAGAAGGGGUGGUCGGACAAGAAGAAGGAAUAUUGCUGCGAAGAAGCGAAGAAAGGCUGCAAGGAAGACGAGGCCAUAGAGGACGAGAAGGAGGCAGAAGAGAAGAAGGUGGUGGAGGAGAAGAAGAACGGCUCAUUCAACGCGACGGGCGACAUGCCCGCGGGCGCCACGGAGCCCUACAACUGCGACGCGGGGCUCCCCAACUGGGAGAAGGGCUGGUCGGACCAGAAGAAGCUCUGCGUGGUGAAUGUCAACGUAGAGUUCGUGCCGAUGUUCGUUCGAGAACAGUUCGACUGCGACGCUGGCGUCGAGAAUUGGGAGGAUGGCUGGUCCGAGGACAAAAAGGAGUUCUGCUGCGAGAGCACCGACGUCGGCUGCAAGUUCGACUGCGCCGCGGGCCUCCCGAAGUGGGAGACGGGGUGGUCGGAGGCGAAGAAGGAGUGGUGCUGCGUGAACAAGCAGACGCCCACGUGCCCGGAUGAUGCCGCGUCAAACAGCAGUGCACCCAGCACUACGGAGCACCUCCUCGUGGCGGCGGGCCCGGCGCCUGCGCCAGCGGCGGAGGAGGAGGGCGAGGAUCGGAACCAGAUUCACGAGGUGUCCCACUGGGCUUGGCAUGCAGGCAAGGGCCCCGUGUCGAGGAGUACCCGCCCGCCAUCUUUCGACCUGCCGGACAGGCCAAGAAAGCUAGGCCGCUCGGGGAUACUGUGGGAACUGUUACAGUGCGGCAAGCAGGCAGCUCCUAUCAUGCUGGCGGUUCAGAGUGGCCAGUUCGCAAACAAGGCGACGGCGCAGCUUGAUGGUGUCCUCCCAGUAACCAAGAAGAUGUCACUUGUGAGCCACGACUUUAUCCAGGAAGUCGUCACAACUUGGCAGCCGACUAUCAACCAGCGGAUUUGGGCAAGGAUCAAACAGAAAUCGGGCAAGGGUGCGAAGAUCAUGGCGCAGAUAUGGGUCUUCAUGUGCUGCGCUUCCGAGAGCGAGGAGCCCGUUACCCGUGACAAAAAAGUGCUGGUGGAGUUCGAUUUUUGUUGUUUUUGGUGCUCUCUUUGGGGUGGAGUUCUUUGGUUGUUGUUGGUGGAGUUCAACACCGCUCGCCGUGACAAGUGCCAGACCAAGCCAGCUCUGAAGCUCAACCAGGACUUUACGGUCGAUUGGCCUUCGUCCGGCGUGUACAGGUUCAAGGAUGAGGUCAGCCAGGGCAACAAGCGCGUCUAUAAGAAGGUCGAGCACGUUCCGCUCGGCAAAACGAACAACUGGGACGAGCGCGCCGCCUAUGUCACGAAUGCCGAUGGGGACUUCAACGAGAAGCUGAGCGACCUCUUCGCGCAGCAUACAAAGCCGAUCGCGAGUCGCACGAUCCUGGGCGAGAACGGCACGCAGAAGAAGGUGGACGAUGCGAACGACAGGAUCACCGCCCUCACUGAUGCAAGUGGUGCUCCAUUUGAUCCGACCGCUUCCACCAGCAAGAAGCGCAAGCUUGCGCCCACGUUGAGCGAAUGUUCGUUGCCCGAUGAUCUCAAGGCCCGCGGCCCAUCCACCGCGGCGCCCGAUGGCUCGGCCACCGCGGCGCCCAGCGGAGGAGCAGCUCCUUGA